ACCGUCAGUGGUCAGAUACCGCGCGCCCAGCUCUAACCGCCCGGUUCCUGCUCGCCCGUCCCGGUCGUUGGCCGUUGCCCUGCCCACAUCGCCCCCCCGGCCGCCGCUCUUCCUCACUUCCCGGCCGCCACCGCCGCCGCCGUAGGGCGGGCUGCGGUUUGGCUGCUGCGCCGGCCGGCGCAGGUGAACAUAUAUAGUUAUCAUGAGCAUGGACGUAGCAGCAGGUGCAGAGGCACCUCAAGUCAAGGGGAAGUUCCUUGGCAUACUUAUCUGCUGGCUUUUGGGGAAUGGAAGCCUUUUUGCGUGGAACAGUAUGCUCACCAUCGAAGAUUACUAUGUCCAUCUCUUCCCGGAUUACCACCCAACAAGAGUCCUUACACUAGCUUACCAGCCUUUUGCCUUUGGAAUAACCCUCAUCAUGACAUACUAUGAAGCGAAGAUGAACACAAGACGGAGAAAUCUAGCAGGAUUUUCCCUUUUCUUCCUCGGUUCUUUUGCAUUGAUAAUUCUGGAUGUUGCUACUAAAGGACGGGGUGGGCUUGGAGUGUUCGUUGGUGUGUGCAUAAUCAGCGCCAUAUUUGGGACUGCUGAUGCGAAUUGUCAAGGCGCAUUGGUUGGUGACCUUUCAUUAAUGUGCCCAGAGUUCGUUCAGUCCUUCAUGGCGGGCUUGGCUGCAUCAGGGGUUCUAACAUCAGCCUUGAGAUUAGUUACCAAAGCAGCUUUUGAGAGCUCAAAAGAUGGUCUUCGCAUUGGUGCUAUACUGUUCUUUUCAAUCACUUGCCUGUUCGAGCUUGUGUGCCUCCUCUUAUACACGUUCGUCUUCGGCAAACUACCCAUCGUGAAGUACUACCGCUCGAAGGCUGCAGCCGAAGGCAGCAAGACUGUUGCCAGCGACCUGGCCGCUGCAGGGAUCGUCGCUGAACAACAGGCACAACAGGUCGAGGAGGAUCCACAGAAAUACAAGCGCCUGACCACAAAAGAGCUAGUGAUGGAGAACAUUGACUAUAUGUUCGAUAUCUACCUGAUAUACGUCCUGACGCUGUCGAUCUUCCCGGGAUUUUUGUCCGAAGACACCGGAGCACACAGCCUGGGAUCCUGGUACGCGCUCGUGCUGAUCGCCAUGUACAACGUGUGGGACCUUAUCGGGAGGUACGUGCCGCUGAUCCCGUGCCUGAAGCUGAUCUCCCGGAAGGGCACGAUGGCGGCGAUCCUGGCACGGUUCCUGUUCAUCCCGGCUUUCUACUUCACGGCCAAGUACGGCGACCAGGGCUACAUGAUCUUCCUGACCUCCUUCCUGGGGCUAACCAACGGGUACCUCACCGUGUGCGUGCUCAUGGAGGCGCCCAAGGGGUACAAGGCUCCCGAGCAGAACGCGCUCGGGAACGCGCUCGUCGUCUGCCUCCUCGGCGGCAUCUUCUCCGGCGUCGUGCUAGACUGGCUGUGGCUCAUCGGCAAGGGUUGGUGAUUCCGUCUCCUGCGCGUGGGUCAAUUAGAUUUUGUUAGAUCUCUGUUCCUCCCUGCUCUGUCUCGCUCUACAACCUGCACUUCUUUUCCUCGAGGUUAAAAAGAAAGAACUCUCUUUAGGUAGCUAGGCAAGAACAUGGAUGCUGUAAUUUGGCUCCAUUUGAAAUUCUCUUUCAAAUGCAAUCACUCAUUUUCUUUACCAACCUUUGAAAUGUAUACUCCUAUUUGAAGUGAAAUAUGAUUGGAGCUAGUUAAGAACUGAACAA